GCGCUCAGCUUUUGCUCCGCGCCAGACCCGGCACCUCCGCCCCGCUCCCUCUCCGCUGUAGCUCUCCACUGCCGAGGUCCCAGCCUCCGGGCCGGGGCCGCCACCACCGCCGCAGGACGGGGAGGCGGGCCAUGGCGUCCUGCGUGGGGAGCAGGACCCUGAGCAAAGAUGAUGUGAACUAUAAGAUGCAUUUCCGGAUGAUCAACGAGCAGCAAGUGGAGGACAUUACCAUCGACUUCUUCUACCGGCCGCACACCAUCACCCUGCUCAGUUUCACCAUCGUCAGCCUCAUGUAUUUCGCUUUCACCAGGGACGAUUCUGGCCCAGAAGACAACAUCUGGAAGGGCAUCCUCUCUGUUAUCUUCUUCUUUCUUAUCAUCAGUGUGUUAGCUUUUCCCAAUGGUCCGUUUACUCGACCUCACCCAGCUUUAUGGAGAAUGGUUUUUGGACUCAGCGUGCUCUACUUCCUGUUCCUGGUCUUCCUCCUUUUCCUGAAUUUUGAGCAAGUGAAAUCCAUAAUGUAUUGGCUAGACCCAAAUCUGCGAUACGCCACCAGGGAAGCAGACAUCAUGGAGUACGCUGUAAACUGUCACGUUAUCACCUGGGAAAGGAUCAUCAGCCACUUUGAUAUCUUCGCGUUUGGCCAUUUCUGGGGCUGGGCCAUGAAGGCCUUGUUGAUCCGCAGUUACGGCCUCUGCUGGACAAUCAGUAUUACCUGGGAGCUGACGGAGCUUUUCUUCAUGCACCUCCUGCCAAACUUUGCUGAGUGCUGGUGGGAUCAAGUCAUUCUGGACAUCCUGUUGUGUAAUGGCGGUGGCAUCUGGCUGGGCAUGGUCGUGUGCCGGUUCUUAGAGAUGAGGACUUACCACUGGGCAAGCUUCAAGGACAUUCACACCACCACUGGGAAAAUUAAAAGAGCCGUGCUGCAGUUCACUCCCGCUAGCUGGACCUACGUACGCUGGUUUGACCCGAAAUCUUCGUUUCAGAGGGUGGCUGGAAUCUACCUUUUCAUGAUCAUCUGGCAGCUGACUGAGUUGAAUACCUUCUUCUUGAAGCAUAUCUUUGUGUUCCAAGCCAGUCAUCCUCUAAGCUGGUGCAGAAUUCUCUUCAUCGGCGGCAUCACGGCUCCCACAGUGAGGCAGUACUACGCGUACCUCACGGACACACAGUGCAAGCGCGUGGGGACCCAGUGCUGGGUGUUUGGGGUCAUUGGUUUCCUGGAAGCUAUUGUUUGCAUAAAAUUUGGGCAGGAUCUCUUCUCCAAGACCCAGAUACUCUAUGUUGUGCUGUGGCUCCUUUGUGUGGCUUUUAUCACUUUCUUGUGUUUGUACGGCAUGGUGUGGUAUGCGGAGCACUAUGGUCACCGAGAAAAGACCUAUUCAGAGUGUGAAGAUGGUACUUACAGCCCGGAUAUCUCCUGGACCCACGGGAAAAGCGCAAAAGGUUCUGAAGACAGCCCACCCAAGCAUUCAGGCAACAAUGAAAGCCAUUCUUCCAGAAGAAGGAACCGACAUUCCAAAUCGAAAGUCACCAACGGUGUUGGAAAGAAAUGAAAGACCCUGGUCAAUCAAAGAUGUUCCAGAGAGUGCCUAGAACUGAGAGGGAAACGGAACUCGUUUGGACCUCCCCGCCAGGUCUAAACACACAGAGCAAACAGGAAGAGGAGAGGGAACUUUGGGGUCAUUCUUUGAGAGUGUAAGUCUUGUUUCCCACAGACCUGACCACAGCGGCCAGAUCACAGCCUGGGGUCCUGUGCCAAUUUGGGGUCUCCUCCAACUUCAGCACUUGGCAUGCGGUCACCAGUAGCAGAACAGAGUGUGUGAAGGGAAAGGUAGCUAAUGCCUCACCACUGCCAAGGACAGCUUGGCACUUGGGUACAUGGUGGACACGCGGUGAACAUCUUCGCUCAGACAACUGUACCACUCACGGGCUCACUACCAAUUUUUCUUUUUAUGAAUCACCUUUUCCAUUUGAAUGAUUUGGUUUUCAUUUCAGUCCAC